AUGAAUUCCAACAUUGAAAUGCGCAAGAGGGACACCUCUAUCGAAUCGACGUCGUCCGCACAAGCCUCCCGCAUCAUGUCCCGCUCCAGCUUCUCCUUAGACCACGACCCCCCGGUCACCCCGCAAACACCGGGAUUAACCACGACGAGUUUUUCGAACCUCCCACGAAGCGAUAAGAGAAACUUCUUGCUAUUGUGCGUGUUAUACUUUCUCCAGGGAGUGCCCAUGGGGUUAGCCACGGGAUCGGUCCCGUUCCUACUCAAGCCCUACCUGUCCUACGGUCAGAUCGGUGUCUUCUCCCUUGCUUCGUAUCCCUAUUCACUUAAACUACUCUGGAGCCCCAUUGUGGAUGCGGUCUGGAGUCGGAGAUUUGGUCGCCGCAAGAGCUGGAUCACACCGGUUCAGGUGAUUGCUGGAUUGGCCAUGAUUUAUAUGGGCGGGCGAAUUGGUGAUAUGAUGGUGCAGGCGGGCGCUAACGGCGGCGCUGGGGUCUGGAACUUUACAUACUGGUGGUUCCUGCUGGUGUUUUUCUGCGCCACGCAGGACAUUGCGGUGGACGGAUGGGCCAUUACGCUCAUGUCCCCACCAAACAUCUCCUAUGCCUCGACCGCACAGACGGUCGGCUUGACGGCUGGUCAUUUCUUGUCGUACACGGUGUUCUUGGCAUUCAAUUCGCAGGAUUUCGCCAAUCGCUGGUUCCGAUCUAUCCCCGGAGAAGGAGGCCUGCUCUCGUUGGGAACGUAUCUGACAUUCUGGGGAUGGGCGUACCUAGUCGUGACGACUUGUUUGGCUAUCAUGAAGAAGGAAGACAAGACCCAUGAUCGGGACAGUAUUUCGGAUGUGUAUAAGAGCAUGUGGAGCGUGCUCAAACUCAAGAACGUUCAAACGAUCAUCUUGGUGCACCUGAUCGCCAAGAUCGGAUUCCAGGCCAACGACGGCGUAACCAGUUUGAAGUUGUUGGAUAAGGGUUUUGGCCAAGACAACAUGGCAUUGGUCGUGCUGAUUGACUUUCCGUUCGAGAUUGGCUUGGGCUACUAUGCUGGCAAAUGGUCGACCGAGUACACUCCCAUGCGCCUGUGGUGUUGGGCCUUCAUGGGACGACUGGCAGCGGCUGUUCUGGCACAGUUGACCGUUAUGAUUUAUCCGUCGGGUUCGGAGGUCCCGUUCUGGUAUAUGCUGACGGUGAUUGGGGAGCAUGUGCUGUCGACUUUCAUGAACACGGUCAUGUUCGUCGCUGUGUCUGCGUUCCAUGCACGCAUCUCCGAUCCAGCGAUUGGAGGAACCUACAUGACGCUACUGGCAACUGUCUCCAACCUGGGCGGCACAUUCCCACGCUACUUCAUCCUGAAGCUUGUAGAUAUGUUUACCGAGGCGACGUGCAUCCCUCCUAGCGUGCCUCCUGCGGCGGACCAGUUGAAGGGUGAAUUGGUCACUGCACCUUUCUCCUGCGCGCUGGAACCGGAUAAGAACCGUUGCACAAAUGGCGGCGGCUCCUGUCAAACCAUCCAUGAUGGGUAUUACACGACGAACAUUUUAUGUGUGCUGAUUGGCACCGUCACCUUUUUCAUGUUUAUCCGACCGGCGGUGCUGAAGCUGCAGGGACUUCCCCUGCGGGCGUGGCGGUUAUCCCCGAACAGCAGGCAGUAG